AUGUUUGACAACAUCAACUGCACAGUUAUUCCCAGCGAUGCUGCAACAGACGCUGGAGUGGCAGGCGCCGGCGUUCUUUUAUCAUUCAUUAUCACGGCUGGGAUCUCCCUCAUUCUGUCUGCCGUUCUCAUUCUCCGCGAAAUAACACGAUCCUCCCACGAAUCGAAAGUCGUUCGAAAGCUCCUACUAUCGUUUUCCGACCAACAAGUAAUUACGGGUAUCGGUAUACAAUGUGUUGGCCUCGCGAAAAUGGAAUUUAUGGUUCCUUACCACUUCUUCAUUAUCUGGAUGUUGUCCCUGCUUUCCACAGCUACGCAUAUCGGGACGUUGUUGGCAUUGGUUCAAGACUUCAAGCGGGACUGGGUGUUGAGAUGGAUCAGACAGUUCUUCAUGUUUGUCAACUUGGUGCUAAGCUGCGUCAGCGGAAUCUUCUUGUUGAUGAGUACGAUGAGGAAUUUGUCUCAGACACUACCUAUUGCGUGCGUUUGGCAGGUUCAAUCAAAUGGCGCAGCGUCGAACUCGACUAUUUCAGUCGUCGGUACGAUUGCCGUCAUAUCUGGAAAUUGCAUCAUGUUUGUGCUGGGAUUUUGGUAUCUACAUGUUAAAGAACGGCCGUGGUUGAAGACUAUACAGGUUCUAGGGCUUGUCAUGAGUGCAGCGAUUGCGGCAGGAGCAGCAGUCAGGGUUAUUCUGUUAUCACAAGCGUUUGGAAAGCCAAGUGUGGACUUGAGGGAUGGAGGAGAGCGGGAUUGGAGUUUUGGACAAUUACUUCCGAUGUUAUUACUUCUUCUGCCUCUGGUGUCGGCAGUAGAGAUCAUGAGGGGUGAAAUGAGAGUUCCGUCGAUCAAGGAUGACGAAAUAUCUCUAGUCGAAAGCCACCAACCUAAACCUUAUGGGCAAUCUUCCUUUCAGCCAAAUCCCUUCUGGGGCAGUAGUGCAGCUGCUAGUCGGUGGAGCAAGUGA